AUGCAGUUCAAAUCCAUCACCUGCGCGGUCUUGCCGCUGCUUGUAUACCUUGGAGUUCCUGUUAGCGGAGCACCCAACGGACGGGUCAUCAGAAGCGUCCAAAAGUACGCCGGCUCAGGCUAUGCGGGUAACUUCAGCAAGAAUGUGUAUCAAACAGGCUUUGACAGCGUGACAUGGGACGAAGACAACUGGCUUCUUAGCACGACCAACUUGGAGCAAGGUCGCUUUCAAUCACGCGGAUCUGUAGCAAAUGGAUACCUGGGUAUCAAUGUUGCCAGCGUUGGCCCGUUCUUUGAGAUCGAUAGUCCCGAAGACACUAACGGAUGGCCACUUUUCUCUACCCGCCUGUCCUUCGCAACGAUUAGUGGGUUCUUUGAUUCGCAGCCUAAUACCAAUGGUACCAACUUCCCCUGGCUGUCACAGUAUGGCGGGGACAGUGUGAUCAGUGGUGUGCCACACUGGUCGGGACUGAUUUUGGAUCUUGGCAAUGAUACAUACCUGGACGCCAAGGUGGACAACAAGACUAUCUCCAACUUCCGAUCUACAUACGAUUUCAAAGCAGGUAUCUUGAUCUGGUCUUACACAUGGACGCCACAGGGCGACAAGGGCUCGUACCAGAUUACCUACCGCCUCUUUGCCAACAAGCUGUACGUCAACCAGGCCGUGGUGGAUAUGGAGAUCGUUCCAUCUACGGUAUCGGAGGCCACCAUUGUUAAUGUUAUGGACGGGGCUUCUGCUGUGCGUACCGACUUUGUCGAAACUGGAGAAGACAACGGUGCUAUUUUCUCGGCUGUUAGACCGAACGGAAUUGCCAAUGUCACAGCCUAUAUCUACACCAACAUCACUGGAUCGCCAAAUGUGGACUUGUCUUCGCGCAAGAUCGUCUCCAACAAGCCAUACAUUCACGCCAACGACUCUUCCAUUGCGCAAGGUGUGAACGUGAAGUUCCAGCCUGGUGAGACGGUUCGCAUCACCAAGUUUGUUGGAGGUGCUUCGACCGAUGCUUUUAGUGAUCCGAAGAAAACAGCCAAGGAGGCUGCUUCUACCGCAAUGAAGAAUGGAUACGCCAAGUCCGUUCGUUCGCAUAUUAUGGAGUGGGCUAGUGUCAUGCCUGAGCAUUCUGUUGAUCACUACGCAUUGCCGAACGGAACACUUCCUGCAGACCCCAACAUCAUUGAUGAUGCAGUCAUUGCCGUGGCCAACACGUACUACUUACUGCAAAACACUGUUGGUAAAAAUGCGAUCAAGGUAGCCUCGGGAGCCCCAGUGAAUGUGGACAGCAUUUCCGUUGGUGGUUUGACCUCGGAAUCUUACGCUGGCCAAGUCUUCUGGGAUGCCGAUGUAUGGAUGCAACCUGGCCUUGUUGCCUCCCAUCCAGAGGCCGCCCAGCGGUUCACGAACUUCCGUGUAGCCAAGUAUGAGCAGGCACAGGCGAACAUUCAAACAAAGUUCUCAGGAUCACAAAACCAGACGGUUUUCUCCCCAUCGGCUGCCAUAUAUCCUUGGACCAGUGGCCGUUUUGGAAACUGUACAGCUACUGGCCCUUGCUGGGAUUAUCAGUAUCAUCUGAACGGAGAUAUUGGGCUUUCCUUGAUCAACCAGUGGGUUUCCAGUGGUAACACGCAGCUGUUCAAAGAAAAGCAUUUCCCGAUCUAUGACUCUAUAGCCAAUCUCUAUGCCGAUUUACUGGUUCGGAAUGGCUCUUACUGGACAUUGACAAACAUGACUGACCCUGACGAGUAUGCCAACCACGUUGAUGCGGGUGGCUUCACAAUGCCGCUCAUUGCUGAGACACUUCGAUACUCGAAUGCAUUCCGCCAACAGUUUGGUCUCGAGGCGAAUUCAACCUGGGAUCAAAUGGCCGAUAGUGUUUUGGUCCUUAGCGAUAAUGCCGUGACUCUCGAAUUCACCACCAUGAAUGGAAGUGCCGUUGUUAAGCAAGCUGAUGUUGUCAUGGUCACCUAUCCGCUGGACUAUACUGCCAACUAUACCUCCCAGGAUGCACUGGAUGAUCUGGACUACUAUGCCGCCAAACAGUCACCCGAUGGCCCGGCUAUGACCUGGGCUAUCUUCUCAAUUGUCGCAAAUAAGAUGUCUCAGUUUGGUUGUUCGGCGUAUACAUAUGCCCAGUAUUCAUACAAGCCUUAUACACGCGCACCAUUCUUCCAAUUGUCGGAACAAAUGGUGGACAAUACUACCAUCAACGGCGGUACGCACCCAGCGUAUCCCUUCUUGACUGGACACGGUGGUGCCAAUCAGGUUUCCCUCUUUGGCUAUCUUGGAUUGCGGCAGCUGCCAGAUGACAUCCUCCAUGUCGACCCCAACUUGCCACCCCAGAUUCCCUACCUGAGGUAUCGCGACUUCUAUUGGCAUGGAUGGCCCAUCUCCGCCUGGUCAAACUAUACUCACACCACCAUCCGCCGUGCCAUUGGCACCCCGGCCCUUGAUACUGCGGACAACAAAUUCGCCAACAAGACCAUUACCAUCCAUUCUGGUCCAGACUUAAAUGUCACUGUGUAUCAACUCCCAAUCAAGGGUUCAGUUGUCAUCCCGAACCGACAAGUUGGCUCUAAAAACACAGUGGCCGGCAACCUCGUCCAAUGCCAGCCCAUCAUUUCCACGAGUGCAUUCGAACCCGGCCAGUUCCCCAUUUCUGUAGCGGACGGUGCUGCCUCCACAAAAUGGCAACCCUCCCUCGCAGAUAAUGUGAGCGCCGUGACUAUCUCCUUCCCCGAAUCGGAAGUCGGAGCCCCAGUCUCAGGCUUCUACUUUGACUGGGCUAAAGCACCCCCUGUCAACGCCACAGUCAUCUUCCAUAACAAGACCCUUCAAGAUCCCACAGUGGCCCUUUCUUCAGUCAAUAGCUCAGACUUCACAAUCGUCCACACCUUGACCAACAUCGCCCAAUCCGGUCCUUACGAUGCAGCGACCACUAACCUUGACACGAUUGCCAUUCCUACUGGCAACUCAACAAAUGUUACACUAUCAUCCCCUGUUCCUGCGGCACGAUACGCAUCUCUACUCAUCGUGGGCAACCAAGCCCUUGGCCCCGCUGAUGUGGAAGCCAAGAAUGGAACCGGCGCAACUGUUGCUGAGUGGGCCAUUAUUGGACAGGACAAGCAGAGCAACACCUCGUCCUCGAGCCCUCAACCUGCCAAGAGAAAGAUGGAUCUACGUGAUGCAUCUGCUCUCUCGGAUGCUGAGUCUUUUAUCCGUCGGAGACGGCAGCUUCUUUCUUUGAAUUAG